GGUGGAUGGUCGGGAGGAUUAGAGCGAGCGCCGGAGGGCUAGCUGUUGGCCCCAGGUUCAGCCACACCCGAGUGAGUAGUUCUUUUGUUUUGCUCUCCACAAUCAACUUGGCAGUCCGCGUCCAGCAUGCAUUUUAAGGAUUUCUCCGGACGCCUCGCCUGCAGCUCCUUUUCUUCUCCUGUGGUCUUCUAAAAGUGCUUGUAAACUUAAACUGUCAGGGGUUGAACCCUGGGAAGUUGAAACAGGGUCAUACCCUUUGAUGCAACUCCACUUCGGAAAAGCGUGUGGUGUAAAGAAGUUCAUUAGCCAUGGAUGUAUUCAUGAAAGGACUUUCAAAGGCCAAAGAAGGAGUAGUGGCUGCUGCUGAAAAAACCAAACAGGGUGUGGCAGAAGCGGCAGGAAAGACCAAAGAGGGAGUUCUCUAUGUAGGCUCCAAAACCAAGGAGGGAGUGGUUCAUGGUGUGACAACAGUUGCUGAGAAGACCAAAGAGCAAGUGACAAAUGUUGGAGAGGCGGUGGUGACAGGAGUGACAGCAGUAGCACAGAAAACAGUAGAAGGAGCAGGGAGCAUUGCAGCUGCCACCGGCUUUGGCAAAAAGGAUCAGUUGGGAAAGAAUGAAGAAGGAGGCCCACAGGAAGGAAUUCUGCAAGAUAUGCCUGUGGAUCCUGACAAUGAGGCUUAUGAAAUGCCUUCUGAGGAAGGAUAUCAAGACUAUGAACCCGAAGCCUAAGACGUCUUUGCUUCUAGUUUCCUGAGAUCUGCUGACAGAUGUUCUAUCCUGUUCAAGUGCUCAGUUCCAAUGUGCCCAGUCAUAAUAUUUUCUCAAAGUUUUUACAGUGUGUUUUGAAGUCUUCCAUCAGCAGUGAUUGGAGUAUCUGUACCUGCCACCACCUCAGCAUUUCAGUGCUUCUCUCCCACUGAAAUGACUACUUGGUAGCAGGAUCCUUGUGUGCUGUGGAUAUUGUGGCUUCAAAUUUAAAAUAUUCAAAAAAUUCAAAACACCUAAGUGACUACCACUUAUUUCUAAAGCUUCACUAUUUUUUGUUUUGUUGAGAAGUUGUGAGCAAUUUCCUAUCGUAUUAUACAGGAUUUUUAGGUGUCUUUUAAUGAUUCUUUCUGUCUAAGAAUAAUGAUGUAUUGUGAAAUCUGUUGAUAUAUACAAUACUUAAAAACAUGUGAGCAUGAAACUAUGCACCUAUAAAUAUUAGCUAUGAAAUUUUA